AUCACAUCGCAACCAUACAGCCAAUCGUUAUAAAUGGUUAUAGAUCAUCUCUAUUAAAUCCUUAAUACUGUCGACUUUAGGUCCAGUAUGGCUUCACACUUUCAAAUACAGAAGCCAUAUGUGCUAGCUUCAUUACCACGACCUCUUGACCCUACUACUGGCCGAUAUGUCGUUAGCGAAGUCUAUGGAUCUGCGCCCGGAUCAAGGAAAAGAAAGCGCCAUGAACUAGCAGUAGGAAUUGACGGAGAAGCCGUGAAUAUCUACAAUGUCUCUUCAGCUAGACUCGUCACAUCGUACCCGGUUCCUCCCCAAUCCUCAUUCUCGUGCUCUAUAGCUUCCAUUCGGCGCAAGGUAGAGGGAACCCAAGAGGUUUCUAGGCACACGUAUGCCGCGACGAGAGAAUCUCACGAAAACAAGGUCACAUUAUUCAAAGACUAUGUGGAUGCUUCUGGCAACACUGAUUCUAUUGCCAAAUCAGUAUCCUUGGGUGUUGGUCGGCCAAUUAUUUGUGUUGCUCCCAUUGCCGUGUCAACGGCACAAAGGCAUACCAACUGCCAAACGCUAGGGGAUGAACUCCUUAUCGUUAGGGAGGAUGGCGAAGUCAUCUGCCUCAAUCCAGACACUCUAGAGAGAAAAUGGAACUCGUCUCCUGCCGUUCUACAACAGGACCUCCCCACAACUUCAAAACUCGGUUUCAGCAUCAUCUCUUGCUACCCCGUGCUUCUAUCUGAUCUUGUGCAAGGCAUAUUCAAGGGUAGCGACGAUGCUUUUGGUCUCUUCCCAGAGAUCAAACAAGGCUUGAACACCGAUGCCGAGGUUCUGGUGCUCAUCUCGAGUCACGAGUUAGAUGGACAACAGAGCCGCCGACUCCAUGUUCUGUCGAUAAUUCCACCCUCUCACGAUUCCAGCAGCCCUCAUCAACAAGGCGUUAUCCAGUUACAUGCUGUACCUAUCCCUACUUCUGCGCAUGGGUUUGGUACAGCCUCGUACCGCCUUGAUAUUCGGUCUGGAAGCUUGAUAGAGUUCCGUGGACAAGCAUUCAAUAUAUAUGACUUAACGACAAGUAUCCCCAGGAUAACGUCGACCAUAGAGUUGAGUGACGCAACAUCCUUCCUACGCCUCAGCAAAACUUCACUUCUCUGUUCUACCCCUACCCACCUAAGCAUUUAUAAUCCGAUAUACCGGUCUUUCCAAAAUUCCGUACGUAUCGAUUCCGGUAUUCAGGAUGAUUCUACCGCCAACCCAAAGCCGGCAGCCUGCUUACUUGCUGCUUACUUUUCCCGCUUGGAACUUGCCGUUGCCAUUAUUGAUGCCAAUUUGGUUGCCAUUCAACUAGAGGCCCCUAUUUUGCGAACGAGAAAGCGACGGGCUGAAGGCCUCUUGAUCGAUUCUAUCGGGCGUGGCGUGCAGCUUCCUAGAAGGCCCUCCGCCCAACCAACUCAGCCCUCAAGCGAAGAGAUAAAAACCUCCCUCUUUUCCAAUUAUAUCCCAGGUUCUAUCAGAGGUGAUUAUUGGGAAUCGUGGGCUACGGAUGAAGCGAAAGCCGACGCCUUACUUAACACGAACGAUAUACGCGGUCUCGAAUUAAUGCUGGCUCAAAAAUUCUCUAUCCAAGUCCAAAAUGCGGUUCAAAUGCCGAAUGGUGUAGGUCAAGCAGGGGAAGGGUUAUCCAACCCACCGAAAUAUUCGUCGACGUGGAUAUGGCCAAAGACUAGGGCAGCAUACCCUCCUGUGGACCGAAGAUGGAUUGUAUACGCCAUCAGCCGGGCUUUCCAAUGGAAUGACUCUUUCCGCGAUGACCCAACUAUCCCUCGGCUUAUCUGCCAGCUACCACAGAGCGAUAUCGUCAAUUACCUUGUCGAUGCCGGGCACCUAACGCUCUCUAAUCUGAAGACCAGCUUCCGAGAAGUGAUCAGGGACGACGAAAAGACGGAUUCAUUCUUGGCUGAACAAAUUGUGCUUCGACUUGCAGAUGUCGAUCCUACACUCGAACUUCUUGUCUCCUAUAUCUCUGCUACGAAUCUUGGGGCGACGGAGCUGGUCAUUGCUGUACGGACGAUCAUGAGGAGUCUCGAGUUGGUCCAAGACCCUAAGCAACUGCCGCCAAAGCUUCUUACCAAUGGCACAACCGAAGAAAUAAUUGAAAAUGGGGAAGCAAAUGGGGACGGCGAAGGAGAGGGAGAUUCAGAGCUUAGUAACAUCGGCAUGGAACUAGACAAUCUCGAGGAUGAAAUCCAGAGGACUGUGUCUUAUCUAGACGAAGACGCCGGUAUCCGUGGUUCUGGGUUAAGUGUGGCAUUUGCAAAGCUCGGCAAUUGUCCUAACAUUUCUAUGAUCAAAGCACUACGAGCUACAUUCAAGCCGGAAGAGAUCUUGUCCCUAAUCUAUCUCCUCCGUGUCGAGUUGGUCAGGGGUGCGUGGACAUCUCGCUACCUAGAUAUAACGGAAUUCGAAAAGGACGCAAACCUUGACGCUCCACCCGACGGCGUUAUCAAGCUCAUCGCAGACCUUCUCGGACGCUGCGUAGACUCUAUCGGGCCUGGCGGUUGGCUCCUCAACGACGCCGUAUUAGCAGCCGAUGAGACCGGCGAUUUCGUCGCUUCUCUUAAAUUCGAAGUUAGCGCAGCUUUAGAGGGGUUAGAAGAAGCUGUCUACCUCCGUGGUGUUAUCAGCGAGGCGGUAAGGUAUUGCGAGUCGUCGAAGAAAACCAAAGUCGAAGGCGUUGUGGACAAAAUGAGGCCGAUACCGCUACACGUAAAGGAUCCAGGCUCUCAAGCAUUGCCUCUGGGGCUCAAGGCGAAAGGUGGAGUCUCUGCGCAGAAGGUUGUAUCAGGUGGCGAGGUAGUUGACAGGUCUCAAAGGGAGACUGGUCAUCUUAGGAGUCAGCAGGUCGGACAUUACUCGUUAGAAAGGAUUGCAAUAUGAGGCUCUUCCGAUGAAUGGCCUAACAGAUUUGUUAGAUCGCGAAUCAACCCGAGUUUCUAGAUACGCUUAUCGUGUUCAAGAGUUGUGAAUGGUAUCUACUUGGACUCUCGGUCCUUUUCGGAAGCUCAACAUAAUUUUCAUUCAACAUUCC